AUGCCUAGAAAGCAGCACCACUCCUACACAUCAACCUACGAAUACGACUCCCAACUCCACCACCAAGAACGAUACCGCCGCAGCACCUCACCUAUACGCACCAGCCUACCCAGAUCGCAUUCGACAUACACACGUGUGCCACCACAACACUACCAGCAGCCCUAUUUCCACUCCAAAUCCGCACCACCACCACCACCACCCGCCCACCCAACCGUGUACAUAAUAACCUACGCCACAGACCUAGUCCGCUCCGAAUUCACAAUAGCCAACCUCCUCGCAACCCAAGUGCCACGCCGCGACCCCCCGAUCCCGCACCUCUACACCAUCGAUGCGCGCCACUAA